AAAUUAAUGAAGAACAUUCAUUUCAUAUUGAUGUAGACAUUACUAUCUCUCAUUAUUUGAGUCAAUUAGCUGAUUUUUUAUGUGAUGAUAAUAAUAUCAUUAAUGUUCAUGAAAUGCUUCAUCCAUCUGAUGAUAAUUCACGACACAUCGAUAAUAUCAGUGAAGGUCAAUACAUAGCAGAUUAUUUACAUGAAAUACUUAAAUUAAACUUUAAACUAAAUAAAUAUAAUCUUUUUUCUUUUCCGUAU